AUGCUCGCUGGCCUUGCCUGUAUUUCUCUCGCGCUGUUCAACGCCGUUGGAGCCCAGCAGAUCUGGGAUGUUUGGGAGACAGCGAAUGAUCAAAGCGUCCUUUUUGAGAGACAGUUCGGUGAUGUGCCCAUCAACUUCGUUUCCCCCGGGCCGACUGGAGACGCCGACAUCGUUGUCGAUGAUGGAUCAGUUUUCCAAGAUAUCGAUGGAUUUGGCGCUGCCUUAACCGAUUCUUCCGCCCAGAUCUUGAACGACCUCAAGAACCAGGAUUCGGAUGCGUACUGGAACCUCUUGGGCACCCUAUUUAACCCUGCUGAUGGUGCUGCAACCGCCGCGCUCUCUGUGAUCCGUGUUCCCCUGGGAGCUUCAGACUUCAGUCCCUUCCUGUACAGCUACUGCGACCAACAGGAUCCUUCACUCUCUUCUUUCAGUCUCGAUGCAGCUCCCUUCUACCUCUGGAGCACACUGGCGGAUAUACAAAGCGCGGCCCAGGGACAGCUUAAGAUCUUUGUAGCUCCCUGGUCGGCCCCAGCAUGGAUGACAGAGGACGGGACCAUGCUCGGAUCGACAUUCGAUAGUCAAUUUACAGAUAUUUUUGCUCAGUACUUGUUCUUGUCGGUCCAAGGAUUUGCAAAUAAGGGAUUUAAUGUGUAUGCAAUCGCCAUACAGAACGAGCCCGAGAACAGCAACCCCACGGUGCCUACCAUGCUGCUUGACCCUGACACUGAAUCCGCAAUUGCCUCCCAACUACGUUCCUUACUCGACAACGGCGGGUUUGGGAGCACAAAGAUUGUUUCGUAUGAGCAUAACUGGGACCAAGCGGCAUUCUAUCCAGUGACGGCCGUGAACGAUGCACCCCAAGCCUUCGCCGGAGCCUCAUUCCACUGCUAUGAAGGCAGCGUUACUGAUCAAAUGUCGUUCUUCGAUGCAGAACCUGGGAAGGAGCUUUACUUCACCGAGUGCACAGGCACGAUCGGUAGCGACUGGUGGGAAGACAUCAAGUGGGACACGGAGAACUUGGCCAUAGGGGCGUUGACGUACUAUGCACGCUCGGUAAUAUUAUGGAACAUUGCGCUGGACGGAAACGGUAACCCGAAGCUGCCCGGGGGAGAUUCCUGCCAAGACGGCUGUCGUGCUGUUGUCACCGUCAACUCCGAUGGCUCCUACCAGUUUAACCAGGAGUACUAUGUACUUGCCCAUGGCUCCCGAGCAAUCGUACCCAAGGAUUCGGGCGGGCCCUUCGGCCAGCGGAUCGGCGUGUCUGUAGGUGGGCCGCUAGCGACCAAACUUCAAGUUGGAGCUUACAAAACCGGCCGUGCUGCCUCGGCUGGAACUGAUUGGAAUCGCUAUUCAUUGGUUGUCAUGAACUGUUCUGUGCAGACGACUAUCGAGUUCCGAGGCCAGCAAGCGACAUACAACUUCCCGGUUGGCCUCACCACGCUCUGGUGGUUCGCAGAGAACUAG